CCGAGACCGGCCCCGGCCCCUCCCCGCGGGGCGGCAGCGGCGCCUGCGCCGCCCACAGCCCUUACCCCCUUCCCCCCCCUCCGCCUCGGGCACCGCUCGCCUCUCGCCCUCGGGGCCUCGCGCUGCUGGGGAUGCGCCCGACCCGGCCUCUGGGCCCCUGAGCCGCCCACCGAGCUUCCCCCUGUCCCCCCGAGCCCCGCUCCGCUCUCUUGAGCCCCCCACCUGGAGCCGCCCCCCGAGCCCCCCCCCCCGUCCCCGCUUCUCCCCCGUCAGACGGAGGCGACGAGCGGGUGAAGCCCCCGCCCGGCGGUCUCCCUCAUGGUGGGCUUCGGGGCCAACCGGAGAGGCGGCCGCCUGCCCUCCCUGCUCUUCGUGGCGCUGCUGGCCGUGAUCGCUGUCCUCGCCUUCAACUGCUGGACCGCCUCGUCCCGCCAGGCCCUGCUGCAGGAGGAGCUGGCCGAGCUGCAGAGCCAGGCCAAACGCACCGAGGUGGCCCGGGGCCGCCUGGAGAAGAGGAAUUCGGACCUGCUGGGCAAGGUGGAUUCCCACAGGAAGCAGCUGGAGCAGAAGGAAGCCGACUACAGCCACCUGAGCAGCCAGCUGCAGGCCCGCGAUGGGCAGGUGAAGAAGUGCGAGGACAGCAAGAUGAAGCUGCAGAACAACAUCUCCUAUCAGGUGGCAGACAUACAUCGAUUGAAGGAACAACUGGCAGAGCUGCGCCAGGAAUUCAUUCGCCAGGAAGAUCAGCUGCACGAGUACAAGAAGAACAACACUUACCUUGCAAGGAGACUGGAAUAUGACAGUCUGCAGUGUGCACAGCAGAUCAAGGAAAUGAGGCUGCAACAUGAAGAAAACAUGAAGAAAUUAAUGGACCAAGUUGCGCGGGAACAAAAGGCCACACAAAAAGUUCGUUCCAGUAAGGACACUGUUGUAAUUCCCAAUAAUGAUGAGCAGGCAAUAGCUGAGACUGUUCCAGAGGCAGAAGAGAAAAACACAGUGAAGAACGAGCAGCCUUCAGAUCAGGUGGAAAAUGGCAAAGAGAAAAUCAAACUGGGAGGAGAUGCAGGCAUGCCUGAGAUAGAAGACAAUGACCCUGCUUUAAAGAAGCCACUUAUUUCAGCUCCUAAAAGUGAGGCUCAUCAGCCUGUUGUAAAUCUUCCAACUGAACAGUCUCGCGCUCCAAACCUGGCACCAGGUUUGCACAGCGACAACGACGGAAACGCUGAUGUUGCAAAGCAGAUCCUUCCAAAUUCUGUCCAGCGUUUAAAUUUUGAAGAGAAUGUGGAAAACCAGAAAGAACACAAAAUUGAGACAGAACACGUAAAGAUUCCCAAGAGCAGACUUAGCGACUUGCAGAAGAUGAAGCAGAGCCGAUUCUUUGAUGAGAAUGAAUCCCCUGUUGAUCCGCAGCAGGGCUCUAAGCUGGCAGAUUAUAAUGGGGAUGAUGGUAACGUGGGUGAGUACGAGGCAGACAAACAGGCCGAGCUGGCUUACAAUGAGGAAGAGGAUGGUGAUGGUGGAGAAGAAGACGUCCAAGAUGAUGAAGAAAGAGAUCUACAAAACGACCUGGUGGAUUACGGCAAGCCGCGCUUCAGCGAUGGCGUCCUGUAAAGUCGGGAUCAUGCAGAGAACGUGGAUGAGAAGAGGCCUCAACUGAGAAACUCUAAAUGCUGUGAAACUGAACCAUUUUCACUUCAGUGUUUCUUACUUUAAAGGAAGCCGAUAACAAACGGUGCUGAGUGCGCUCGGAGGCGGCGGGCGGUUCUGUACAGGUGUACAUAGCUGUACGAUGGCACAUGGUACCACAGCCCUGGUGCUGCCAGUACAACCGCCGGGUACCGGGACUAUCCCUUACCUGUAAUAAUCUCAACAUUAAACCCAAUGCUAUAAAUAUGGGCUCAACUGUUACUGCCGCUUGGCAAAAUUUGUAAACUGGAGACCUUGUACAGUUUGUAUCUCAUGGGACAAAUGCACCGAGGAGACGAUGUACAGCCCACGGACUCCUUUUCUACAGGCAUUCCUGU